ACGGAGGAGGGCGCUUGAGGAAUAUGCUCGUUUUUGCAUUGGAAGAAAAUAGUUUCACGUGCGCUAUUGAUUGACCUACUAAACGUUUAUUUUUACAAAGAGCGAAUAACGGUUCAGGAACAACGAGGUGUGAAGUCAGGUAACAGACUUAACGCUUUGAAUAAAAUAACAAUAAAAGACUAAUUGCUUUAAACUUAAUAUUUAAAAAAGCAUUUCAAAGGACAGACAUUUUUUAUCCUUUUAGCACCACAUUAACGUGCGUUUCUCGCAAAGGAACGACUUGUGGGUAAAAGAGUUCUCUCGCUCGCUCGCGCUGAAGUCCCCGACUCCCCGCUCGCUCUCAUGCAUCAGCACCCGAGGACACGAGAGCGAUAGCAGCAGAGCGCGGGAAAGGUGCAGACGUGAAGGAGAAGAAGGUGCGCGUAUACACAGUCAGCCUCUCCGCCGGCGUCAUCUCAGUAGCCGUCUCGCCCUCGCCGUAGAGGUUGAUGUCGCCGUUGCCGUAGCAGGAGUCGAGCGGAGUGGAGGAGGAGAAGGGGGAUUUAACUUUACCACGGAAAAGACCUAUGGUUGGAUUUCGGGUAUUUUUUCCUUCGCCAAUGCCAAAGGAAAUAUGCAGCGAAGCUUCACCAUCCUCUGCACCAGUUUACUGGGGAUAUGCUUGGGUUCAACCGCAGGUUUCCCAAGUAACAUCAAUAUAGGUGGAUUAUUCCCAAUCGAAUCACACGAAUAUGAGGUUUUUCGGUUCGCGCUCACGCAUCACCUGGAAGUCCCCAAACUGGUGCCGCAGGUGGAUGUGGUCAAGAUGGGGAACAGCUUCUCAAUGACAUAUGCAUUCUGCUCCCAGUUCUCUAAGGGGGUGUACGCCAUCAUCGGGCUCUACGACCGUAAGACGGUCAACAUGCUCAUGUCCUUCUGUGGCGCGCUGCACGUGUGCUUCGUCACGCCGUCCUUCCCCAUCGAGACGGCCAACCAGUUCGUCAUCCAGCUGAGGCCCGAGCUGCAGGACGCCCUGGUGGGGGUGAUCGACCACUACAGCUGGACCAAGUUUGUCUACAUGUACAGCUCCGAUUCAGGACUCUCCGUGCUUCAGAAAGUUCUGGACACGGCAGCGGAAAGGAACUGGCUGGUGACGUCGGUCAACGUGGAGACCAUGACAGAGGCGUCCUUCCUCAAGGUGUUCCAGGACCUGGACAAGAGGAAGGAGGGCCAGAUCAUCAUCGACUGUGAGACCGAGCGGCUUACCGGCAUCCUCAAGAAGAUCGUCGAACAAGGCAAGAAUGCUAAAAGCUACCACUACAUCUUGGCCAACAUGGGGUUCCUGGACAUCGACCUGACGGACCUGAGGAAAGGCGGGGCCAACAUCACAGGUUUCCAGCUUGUGAACAACUCUGAUCCGGGCGUCAGCCAAGUGGUGCAGCAGUGGAUGGAGUUUGACAACAAAGACGUCAAAAUGCCCAAGAGAAGCCUCAAGUACACUGGCGCCCUGACAUACGACGGUGUUAAAGUGAUGUCCACGGCCUUCCAGAACCUGAGGAGGCAGCGGAUCGAUAUCUCUCGCCGGGGCAACGCCGGUGAAUGCCUGGCGAACCCGCCGGCCCCCUGGGGACAGGGCAUUGACAUCCAGAGAGCACUGCAGCAGGUUCGUAUCGACGGGCUGACCGGUCACAUCCAGUUCAAUGAGAAAGGGCGCAGGACCAACUUCACUGUCAGCGUGAUGGAGCUAGCUCUCUCUGGACCCAAGAAGGUGGGCUACUGGAACGAGAACGAGAAAUACGUGAACACGGCACACUUUGUACGGGGCAGCAACGAUACCUACAGCCUCCAGAACAGAACGUACAUCGUCACCACCAUCCUGGAGUCUCCGUACGUGAUGCUGAAGAAGAACCACGAGCAGCUGGCGGGCAACGAUAAGUACGAGGGCUACAUCGUGGAGCUGGCGGCCGAGAUAGCCAAGCACGUGGGCUACCAUUACAAGCUCAAAAUCGUCACGGACGGCAAGUACGGAGCCAGGGACCCCGAGACCAAGAUGUGGAACGGCAUGGUGGGGGAGCUGGUGUACGGGAAAGCGGACGUGGCGGUGGCUCCUCUGACCAUCACCCUGGUGCGCGAGGAGGUGAUCGACUUCUCCAAGCCCUUCAUGUCCCUGGGCAUCUCCAUCAUGAUCAAGAAGCCCACCAAGUCCAAGCCGGGGGUCUUCUCCUUCCUGGACCCGCUGGCCUACGAGAUCUGGAUGUGCAUCGUGUUCGCCUACAUCGGCGUCAGCGUGGUGCUCUUCCUGGUCAGCCGCUUCAGCCCGUACGAGUGGCACGCCGAGGACUAUGAGGAGGGCGGAGAGCCCCAGUCCCCCACCCAGGCCUCGGCCAACGGGGGCCAGCAGGGCCAGUCCGCCGGCCAGCAGAACCCCGCCCAGCAGAGCCCCGAGCAGAACAAUGAGUUUGGCAUCUUCAACUCCCUCUGGUUCUCCCUGGGGGCCUUCAUGCAGCAGGGCUGUGACAUCUCACCCAGGUCUCUGUCUGGGCGCAUCGUGGGGGGCGUGUGGUGGUUCUUCACCCUCAUCAUCAUCUCCUCCUACACGGCCAAUCUGGCCGCCUUCCUCACGGUGGAGAGGAUGGUGUCCCCCAUCGAGAGCGCCGAGGACCUGGCCAAGCAGACGGAGAUCGCCUACGGCACGCUGGAUGCCGGCUCCACCAAGGAGUUCUUCAGGAGGUCCAAAAUCGCCGUGUUCGAGAAGAUGUGGUCCUACAUGAAGUCUGCCGACCCGUCCGUGUUCGUGAAGACGACGGACGAGGGCGUGGUGCGCGUCCGCAAGUCCAAGGGCAAGUACGCCUACCUGCUGGAGUCCACCAUGAACGAGUACAUCGAGCAGCGGAAACCCUGCGACACCAUGAAGGUGGGAGGGAACCUGGACUCUAAGGGGUAUGGGAUCGCCACCCCUAAGGGUUCCCACCUCAGAAUUCCAGUUAACCUAGCGGUGUUGAAACUCAGUGAGCAAGCCGUCUUAGACAAACUGAAAAACAAAUGGUGGUACGAUAAAGGGGAGUGUGGCAGCAAGGACUCCGUAAGAAAGGACAAGACCAGCGCCCUGAGCCUCAGCAACGUUGCGGGGGUCUUCUACAUCCUGAUCGGGGGCCUGGGCCUGGCCAUGCUGGUGGCCCUGGUCGAGUUCUGCUACAAGUCCCGAACCGAGUCGCGGCGAAUGAAGCAGUCCAUCAACGACGCCAUGCACUGUUCGACCCUGACCAGGAUGAGCGGGAACGGGAAUGGCGGGGGUGGUGGAGGAGGAGGAGGAGGAGGAGGAGGAGUAGGAGGAGGAGGAGUUGGGGAGAACGGCCGCCUCCUAGCCCACGACUUCCCCAAGACCAUGCAGACGCUGCCCUGUAUGAGCCACACUGCCAGCCUGGGGUUGGGGGCCUCGGGCAUGUGAUCGCGUCACGUGACACCAAAACGGCGGCAAGUCAUUGGCAGGGUCCGACCGAGAGGAGCACAGGACUCUUUGACUCACAACAAAAAAACCUGGCUGGCAGGAUUGGCUACCCUUGCGUUUAAUUCCAGCACAAAUCAUCAACUGGGCUGCCAGCCUGAGACCCCCCUCCCUCCCCCUCCCCCUCCCCCCCCCCCGCCCCCCCCCCCCUCUCAACUAAAUACAAGACCUUACUGCCAAAAUGUGCUCUCAAACCGCUCACUUAAAACUAUGAACCAGCCAGCCUCACACUGGCUUUAAUUUGUUUCUUUCGAUUUUUUCCUUUCUUUUUUCUACAUGGAGAAGAAGUUUGAACUGUAUAUUAAGGUGGGGGGUGGGGGGGAGGGGGGGGGGGGGGAUGGAGGAUGAAAAAUGAUUUGCAAUAAAGAAGUCGUCACCGGAGUGCGCUUUGGACAUUUUUUAUCGUGUUCUCUGUGUUUCAAGAAGAAGAAAAAAAAAAUGAGGAAGAGCGGUAACUGGGCCUCAUUUUCAAGCUCUCAUCUGCAGCCCAGCGUUUCCGUGGAGAUGUCGACGUCGCUCCGUGUGCGCGCACCCAACCCCCCCCCCCCCCCCCCCCCCCCCCCCACCCACGCAGCUCCAUCUCUGACAUUGUGGUUCCUACGUUGCUUCUGUCGGGAGUUCAUGUGCGUUGUGUGUGUGUGUGUGUUGCACUGAUGCGAUGAUGAUGGACACGGUUGGGACAGAAGCUUGUGAACCGUUUGACAGUGUUUUGGGUUUCUUCUAUAGGGGUGCGCUUCUGAUCUCACUCCCCCCCUCCCCUCCACUGCUCCUCCCUUAAGAUAAUAACGCCUCUUUAGAAGGGCCGCUUCACAGAGUGCAAGACCUCGGAUGAGCACAUCCGCGUGUGCCGAUAUUAACGCAGUUUACUUUGUUGAAAAGCUGAGCGCAUCCCGAACGCUUUUGGCUUUUGGGGUUAAAGUCGAUCCUGUCUAGUGACAAACCAAACAACACGCAUGUCAUUGCUGCUACACCUUAUCAAACACACCAUGCCUUGUCUUUGUGCCACAUGAUGCACUCUCACGUGCACACACAUACACACACACACACACACACACACACACACACACACACACCCUGCUGCUAUUGAAGACAGCAUUGUGAUAUCGCUAGGAGAAAUGGAUGCAUUGGGAACACAUUAUCCAAUCAGUAGUAUUGACUUCCCGAUAACAACCUCGAGAUAGAAACAGAGCAGCAUUUAACCGAUUCAACAUUUAUCUGUGGGGAUAAUGUACUGGAUUGACCCUUACACUGUAUUACACUCUCCAGACAUACCCACAGCUACUUGGAACAGCUGGUGUUUGUUAAACCACACACCAGGGGUCAUGUCAGGUGCAAUUUCACAGAACUGUGUCCAAUGUCUUUAUAAUGCAGUCAUUCCUACUGUGACGUUUGAGUAUUAUCAUUUGGUUGAGUUUUCUUAAUUUCAUGAUGCAGAAAGAAACUCUGUAAUGCAGAGGUUUAUACACCCUUCCCCCGCACAGUGACCGUGGUUUAUAUAAGAAGGAGUGUGAGGAUUUAAAUACGUGAUUAAUUGACAGAUCAGACAGACACUUAACCCGCGGCGAGUGCUCCAUUGCCCUGGAUAGCAUCAGUUUAACCUCCUAUCCUUUAAGGAUAUGGGACAUAAUCCCUGGACUGUUCGGGACAAUGAUGACUAAUAACCACAUACGGACUAAUUGGUUUAUAGAAAGGAAAUCUGUUUAUCGCCACUACGAACACAAACAUUGCUAGGGUUGAUGCUUCAGUGCCAAUGAAGUCCUCACCCACUGUAUAUUGCCUCUCUGUUGAUUUGUUUUUAUUUGAUACAAUAUGGUUACAUAGUCAAUAAAUCACCACCUUUUCUCAACGCCAUGGGUGUCGCAAGCUAGGAAAAACAAAGUCAAGACUUCAUCGUAGUCAUGUAUAUCUCCAACUUUUAUGUAUAUAUAAAAAAAGGCUUCCUCUUCCUUGUGAAGAUGUCCAUACCCCUUCCCACAAUGCAUCACUGCGCCUCCAUUAGUUUGACGACGUGUGUGUGUGUGUGUGUGUGUGUGCGCGUGUGCGUGUGCUAUUUUCUUAAUGUCGUUUAUUUUUAUCGAUGUAUUAAUGAGGAACACAGCACAGCACUCCAUGGCGGGGUGUUGACGUUUCAAAAUAUGUUUUAUAUGCCAUGAAAGAUUUGUUAAAAGACACUCAAUGUUUGUAAGAUAAAUGCAAGUUGGGUCUUACACGCUUCUAGUGUAAAAAAAAAAGAAGAAAAUAAUAAAAAACAUACCAGUGUUUAAUAAUCUGUAGAUUAUAAUGUUGUUUAAACCAGGUGCAAUUGAUUUUAUUUGAUCUCAUUUUCAUAUUUUUGUAUUCGUUUUUAAAUUAUUUUAAGAUUUGCUGUUGGUAUUAGAAGUGUUUGGGGAUAAGCGACAUUUUAUUUGAAUGCGUUUAAUUUUAAGCGCUUUUUUGGGGGGACAAAAUAUAUUUUAAUACCAGAAUCAAAGUGACAAAAAUUAGUUCACCAGAACCCUCUGUUAUCGCUUUUGUUGUUGUUUACUUUAUCCUAACGUCACUAGUUAAAAAUGUUUUGCAGAGUUUGAACAAUGACAUACAAAAUCGAUGGACAACAUGAAGGGGUUAAUUUACGGAAUUUAAAACAAGAACUCAAAUCAGUAAAAAAAACGACUUUUGAAAAUGAAAACUUUCUUUUUCUAGCCAGUGUCCUGAGGGAAGUCAUUCUGCUUUUGUAACUGAAUAAAGGAAUCAACUAUU